AACCUCUCUCUUUAUCAAGCCCUUGCAGCCUUGAGCACUCUCACUAUGCCUUCAGCCUUUGCUACCAACAUGAGGUUCAAAUUCUCUAUCCUGGCGAUUUUUCUGGAGGUGUUAAUUAUCAUUUUAUUUGGGAUAUUUGUAAGAUAUGAAAACAACCAGCCCAUCAAAAAGGAUAAACUAUUACUAUAUCCAUUCUUUCAGGAUGUCCACGUGAUGAUAUUUGUUGGGUUUGGUUUCUUAAUGACCUUCCUGAAGAAAUAUGGAUUCAGCAGUGUCGGUAUCAACAUGCUCAUUGCUGCCCUUGGUCUCCAGUGGGGUACCCUGAUGCAAGGAUUUUGGCACAUGAAGGAACAAAAAAUUAAUAUUGGCAUUGAAAGUAUGAUAAAUGCAGACUUCAGUACAGCAACCGUCUUGAUUUCAUUUGGAGCUGUCCUGGGGAAAACAAGUCCAGUCCAGAUGCUGAUCAUGACCAUUCUGGAGAUCACAAUCUUUUCAUGCAAUGAACAUCUUGUUGUGAACGUACUAAGGGCUACUGAUACUGGAGCAUCAAUGACUAUCCAUGCUUUUGGAGCCUAUUUUGGAUUGGCUGCAGCACGAGUCUUGUAUCGUCCUGGUCUGAAAGAGGGACAUAAAAAUGAAGAGUCAGCCUACCACUCGGACAUGUUUGCCAUGAUUGGUACCCUUUUCCUCUGGCUGUUUUGGCCGAGUUUUAACUCUGCCAUUGCGCACCCUGAUCUCCAGCAGAGAGCGAUCAUUAACACUUACUUUUCUAUGGCUGCAUGCACCCUCACAGCCUUUGCCCUCUCAAGCCUGGUCGAACACAGAGGCAAGUUGGAUAUGGUUCACAUUCAAAAUGCCACCCUAGCAGGAGGAGUAGCAGUGGGUUCCUGUGCCGACAUGAGCAUCUACCCAUUUGGUGCUAUGUUAAUUGGUAGUAUUGCUGGUGUCAUCUCUGUCAUCGGGUUCAAGUUCUUGACUCCAUUCUUUUCUUCUAAACUGAAAAUUCAUGACACGUGUGGAGUCCAUAAUUUACAUGGUUUACCUGGAUUACUGGGAGGUCUUGCAAGCAUCAUUGCCGCUGUGGCACACGUCAAAUGGAGGGAGACUGACUCUCCUUCUGCUCCCAUGCAGGCUGCUGCCCUGGGUUGUACCAUUGGGAUUGCUUUGGUAGGAGGAGCAUUUGCAGGUUUAGUUCUAAACUUGCCUUUCUUGGGACAAGCACCUGAUGAGAACUGCUACGACGACUCAGUUUACUGGGAGGUUCCAGCAGAAGAGAGCCAACCUGCUGGUCAGUUCAGUGACGCUGGGGAUCACAGAACAGUCAACCUCAAUGUGUAGGAUGAAUUCUCCAUCAUUAAUUCCUGUCCUAGUGGUGCUGUUUCCAGUUUCUAAUUGAAAGAGACAAUAUCUAAAUAUCAUCUACACCACUCAUUGUUUUCAAUACGUAAAGGCAGGUGUAGAUAGCUGUGUUCUUUUUCAAACCCAAACAAACUUUAUUUCGAAUGUCAUCACUGACAAAUGUGAUACACACAAUGCAAACGCAUUUGAGGAUCCUCGAUAUACAUUUUAUUUUUCUAACCUGAAAGAUGCUAACUGAUAUGCAGUAUUCUUUGUAUUUUAACCAUCCGUCAUCACUGAGGUUGUUUUAACAUACAGAUUUCCUAUCUAUGUGUUUCUAAUGUGCCUUUCACCCUGGUACCAUAUUUGACUGCAAAAUUUCAGAUUUGGGAAUGUUUCUUUUUACACAUUGAACAUGCUGAAUCACAAAAGACUUAAAAACAUACCCUUUAAGCUACUAGGUGGAAUCAAUUAGAGGCUGAAGGGGAUCAGUUAGUGUAGAUUAUUUAGAUUGCCAAAAGGUUUUUCACUAAAAUGUCCUUAAAUUGUAGCAAGGGAGGUUUACAUUGGACAUUAGGAAAAACUUCCUAACUGUCAGAGUGGUUCAGCACUGGA